AUGCCCAUCAAGUCAUUAGAAUCUUACCUUUUCGAAAGGGGAUUAGUUGGAUCUUACCCUAUUGAAGCUCUCAAGAAUGCAACAUUGGGGAUUGAUGUGAAUCAUUAUAUUUCUAGACUGUUAACAAGUAAACGGGAGCAGUAUUUAGAUGCAAUUGGAGGUUUCCCAGCCAGUUUAAAGAUGUAUUUGGAAAGCGAUCUAAAGGUUUUCAAAGAGUGCAACAUUACACCAGUGUUUGUCUUCAAUGGGAGUUUGGUUAGAGAUCAAUUAGAGGAUUCUGGAUAUUUGAGUGGAUAUGCCGCAGAAGCUUCUAAUCAUGGAGCCGCUGCCGCUGCGGGAUUGCAUCCUGCAAGUCCGGGUAUACGAGCCAACAAGGAAUCAAUUUACAGUCAAAGACAUAGAGGGUGGACUCAAUGGAGUAAUUUGGUUACCAGUCAUCAGGGAACUUAUAUCGACCAACCUGUGCCACCUCAAGAACCAUUUCGUUACAAUACGACAAUUGAGACUAAAAGGUUUCAGUCGGACUUGAUCGCAUAUUUCAUUGAUCACGAAAUCAUAUACCAGGUUGCACCAUUUGCUUCUUGGUCACAAUUGUCUUAUCUUUUGCAGAGUGGUUAUAUCGAUGCCAUUUACGGCCCUACGGAUUGUCUCAUGUUGAGUAACGUUGAUAAAUUUAUCCUGGGCAUGGAAUUCCCCAACAGAGAGUUUAGAUUUAUUGAAAGAUUAAGAGUGCUCAAAGAAUUCAAUUGUACCUAUGAUGAAUUCGUAGACAUUGCCAUGGGUGUUGGUAACGAUUUACAACCAACGACUUUACCACCUUUACAAAUUUAUCCAGUGCCACAGUUGUUUGAAAUCGCCCUUGAAAUGGUAAUUGCAACGGGAACUAAUUUCUAUGCCUACCAAUUUUCAAAUCCUGUUAAAAGUGAAAGUGCUGAAUUUAUCACUAAAUAUCAAAAGGGUGUUUCGGCAUUGAGAUAUAUGCCAGUGUUGAAAGAUAACGGUAGAGUUGACUUUUAUGAAGAAGGUGCUGAAGUUAAUGAACAUUCUCAUGCACGUUUGAGAAGUGAAUCCUCCUCUAAUGAAACACCUCAAGAGUCUAGUGACUAUAAUAAUGCCAAUAACAUCAAUAACAACAAUACCAACGCGAACAGUAAAGCUGUACCAUCAUCAUCUACCCCCAAACCCGUUCCAACUGAUGUGCAUGAUUUUAUUGCUCAAAAAUUACCAUCGGAAUACUACUUUUAUAGAUCAUUGGGGCUAGCAAACGGUAGAUUGUUUGAUGCGAUUACCACUGGUGUUUAUCCAAUAGAGCCACCUCUAGAUGGUGGAUUUACCGACUCUUAUAGAAGUUUGGUUAAAAAAUCUGUGGAAGCUUUCAAAAAUAAAGAAAUCAAUUUGCUCACACAACCAAUUAAUCGUUAUUAUCAGAUAAAACCCAUUAAACAAGUCAACUGGUUUGCCGCUGAUGAUGCAACAGUUUUGACUAAUAGAGUUUCACCAUCUAUCUUUGACAGAUUGAACCAUUUAGUCGUGAAAACAGAUCAUUUAGAUAGAGAAUUUUCAUUUGCAGAAUUCAUUAAACUUUUUAACGGUUCUAAGGAUUUGUCUCAAGAUUUCGUUUCACCAGAAGUAAUCUUCCCCAAUUCUGUACCAUUAGAGAAGAAGCUGACAUCUACUUUCGAUUUGCUAUCAACUAAUCUUUUAAGAUUUUUGUAUCUUUUAGAAUUUUUCGAGUACGAUUUGGAAUCCAAAAUUCUAAAACCUACUAAAUGGGGUGAGGCCUUUUUAAAACUAAAUGAACUUCAGGUUGACCCUAACUAUCAAGAGUCUAUCUUCAUCCUAAUGAUCUUCCUCAAAUUGAACGUUUUAACGUUGUCUCAAGAUACAGCACCACCUGCACUGUCUGCAUUGUCUCAAGCCACUUUACGCUCUUACCCACAAGAAUCUCUUCACAUUUUACUAUUGGCUCGUGUCUUGACCCUUUACCAGGUGGAACAGAAGUCCUCCAAUUAUCACGGUCCUAUUGAUAAGAAAACCUUAAUCUUUAGAGACCAUUUAGAUUUUGUCAAAGAAAAUUUGGAUGAUCUUUUUGAAGCUGUUACAAUUUCAUCUUUGACCUCAGGUGAGUUCGAUAGAUUAAGUUUAAACGAUUAUCAAUGGCAACAAAAGAUUGUGAGGAAAUGUCCUUUCAAAUUGAGUACCCCAAAUACCAUAAUGGCUAUGGUGUACGAGUUCUUCUUGCAAAAAUAUCUGCACAACGGUAAUACCAAGAGUGAUGCGAUUUCAUUAAUUGCUUCUGAAUUCCAAACUGUCAAAUAUACUCCAAGCCUUGAAGAACAAUUUGGAAAAGCUCAUAACUUUUUGAAACAAACCUCUAAUGUCUUGAGCGAAUUAUCUUCCUUGGGACUCAUUAAAAAGGAAGAUGCCUUAUCAUUUGAACAUGCUGUGCAAUUCAGCGGUAAGGCACUUCUAGAGUAA